AUGGCUCGUAACUUGAUUUUCAUCACCAUUGCUUUGGUCGCCGUUGUUGUUGCUGGACCAGGAGAACGUGGAGGAGAGAAGGGAGAGCACAAAAGAGGUGGACCAGGAGGUCAUGGAGGACACAAUUUCGGACCAUCAUUCUUCGGAAAUGUCUCCGAGGAAGGAAAGAAGGAAAUUUUUGCCGUAUUCAAGAACGAGGCAUUAACUUUGGCCCAAGUUGAUUCCCAAAUUGCUGCUCUUGCUGAGAAGUAUGGAGUUGCUGCUGCCUACAAGGAGCACAAAGCCAAAGAAGAGGCAAGACAUGCUGAAAUCAAGAAGAAUACAACUUCCGUGAUCAGCAGCCUUUCUGCAGUUGCCUCGAAACUUUCCGCAAUCCAUGAGAAGAAGGAUCAGACUCGCAAGGCUCAACACGAAGCCAUUGCUGCUCUUCGUAAGGAAAAUGCAGUCGCCGUUGAUACCGUCGAAUUCAUUGCCAAGAGACUUGGAGGAUUCGGAGGAAGACGUCACGGAGGACCAGGAGGACCAGGAAGACACGGAAAGUUCGGAGGAAAGCAUGGAGGAUAUCAUAAGAAGGGACCACGUGGACAGGGAAAAGAUGAGAAGAAGACCAAGGAAGCUGCUCCAGCUGCUUCAGCUGCCAACUAA